CAUGUCCACAUGCCCUUGACAAAAAAACACUUUUCAAUUCAUUCGGAAAUAGUACAAAAUAUACACACAACAAAAAUAACCCAAAAUUUUCCCAGGAUGCCGAACGUUGUAGACGAGAAUGGCCGACCACUGUCAACAAUUGUGGAAAUUGCCGACGAGUUGGAGCGAACUCAUCUGGCACGCUCGCCACAAGUGCUGAAGAGUCUGGAGUACAUUCGAGAGUCGGAGGACGAGAUGGGCCAGACCGAACGCCGGCGCUUGAGCCGUAGAUACGAUUCGGGGGUAUAAAGGAGCUCCAGCCAUACGUCACAACAAAGCUCACCCGCCCAUAACCAGCGACACCUGCCAAGGUGUUUGGCUGACAAUUAAUGGUACAACUUUCCACAUUCCCAUCCAAAAUCCUCGAGCAAAGCAAACAAAGCAAUCGACCAGAGCCUCACGCGAAGAGAGCUGAAGGGUUCGGGCUCGAAGAACACAAACAAAUUGUGACAAAGUUGCGGAAAUUUAAUUAAAAUCAAAUAGUCGUACAACUAAACUAAACCCAUGCGAACCCAA